CAACAGUUGGAUCAAGCAGCAGCUCGUCCACCACCGCAAACUGAUGGACAACAAAACACUUUAACGGUCUCCUCCGCGGCCCUGACAAGCUCUGUCUUUGGUGUGUUUCGGGUGGACUCAAUGAAAAGCACCAAAGUUACAGCAGAUGCUUGUUAGUAUGUAAAGAAGUUCUUCUGAGAUACUGCCGAUAAAGGGGAAGGCUGUGGGGAGAGAGAGGAGGGACGCAGCCUUCCGUUAACUUACUUCCAUUGCGCAGCGACGGCAAAAGGCACCAUGAGCGUCCCGCUUUACGCACCGACUCCCAUCCAGCCGUCUCACCCGACACCAUUCUACAUCGAGAACAUUCUUGGAAGAAGUGCCACCACCAGCACCACCACCUCGCCCUCGUCUUCUUCUUCAUCCUCCUCCUGCUCCACUCCGAUCAUACCUACACCGACUCUCCCGUCGCCCAACUCCUCCUUUACAAGUCUCAUCUCACCGUACCGUACGCCGAUUUAUGAACCCACACCGAUCCACCCGGCGCUGUCUCACCACGCAGCUGCGGCGUUGACGGCGGCGACGUACGCCUCAAGCGGGACUUUCGCCAGCUCCAUCUACCCUUUCCACCAGCAGCACCACCGCUCCAUGGGAGAGUACGCACAGGCACUGCUGCGGCACGACCCUCUGGGCAAACCUCUGUUGUGGACCCCCUUCAUCCAGCGGCCCUUACAUAAAAGAAAGGGAGGUCAGGUCCGAUUCUCGAACGACCAGACCAUCGAGCUGGAGAAGAAAUUUGAGACGCAGAAAUACCUCUCACCCCCGGAGAGGAAAAGACUGGCCAAAAUGUUGCAGCUGAGCGAGAGACAGGUUAAAACCUGGUUUCAAAAUCGACGAGCCAAAUGGCGAAGACUAAAACAGGAAAAUCCUCAGGGGGGUAAGAGGGACGUUGAGGACGACAGUUCCGCCGGAAGGAGCAAUAAAGGAGAUGACACGAGCGAGCCUUCCGGGAUGCAGAGCCCGGAGCACCGACACACGGUGCUGGGCUCCGAGCUGGCGCCGACGGGCCUCCGCGUGCGCUCCGUGUCCGCACAGCAGCCCCACACACAGCUGGACUCUGACGUGUCAGACGAUUCAGACCAGGACCUGGACAUAGAGGACGAGGCCGACUUAACGAUGAACCCCUAGUUCGGAAGUGGAUGAUGAAGAUGACAGGACUCCUCUGAAAGUUGAGCCGGGUUGUUUUGACAGACAGGACAAGAGACUCGAUCCUGCUCUAAUAUACCGGCUAGAAGUAAAACAUCUCACAUGUCACUAUCCCCCAGUGCCUUUCACACUGGGUUGUCAUCUCUGUUCCAGCUGUUUCUUUUUGUACAUAAUGCGUGUAGUCCUUUGCUGUAUUGUUGUGUUGAUUGUUCGUGUGGAUCGCUGGAAAGCAGCUGCAGGUCUAUAGAUGAAUUAGUCCUGUACUGUGUGUCGUUUUGGAUGAUAAAUGCUCUUAUGGGCCACUGCCUUCAAAUGUGAUAUUCCGUUAAAUAAUCAGUGUAGCGCGAAUUAUGUUUUGUUUGGUGUUAUCUAAAAUCUAUUAUUGUGUUAUGUUUGUUGGGAAAAAAUAAAUUUGUCACUUUUGGUGUAGCUCA